UGCUGCUGCCUUCCAGUCCGCUUUCCAACAUGGCUCAUGUUUAACUUGACUUGCCGCAGAUUUCUUAGUUUAGUUUACUUUUGGUGAUCAAACCAGUCUCCUGAAGAAAAGAAGUCAUGGGUUUGUCGCAGAGUUCGGAUGUUCCUGAUGGUGGGAAGGAAGGCUAUCACGUGCAUGGGAUUCAAGAAAAUUCACCGGCACAAAAAGCAGGACUGGAGCCAUACUUUGAUUUCAUCAUUUCUAUUGGACACACGAGGCUGAAUCAAGAGAAUGAUAUGCUAAAAAAUCUGCUAAAGGCCAAUGUUGAGAAACCUGUGAAGCUGGAGGUGUACAGCAUCAAAGCAAUGAAAGUUCGAGAACUUGAAGUGAUUCCUAGUAAUAUGUGGGGAGGCCAGGGUCUGCUGGGAGCCAGCGUUCGAUUCUGCAGCUUCCAAGGAGCCAACGAACAUGUGUGGCAUGUACUGGAUGUGGAAGCCAGUUCUCCAGCAGCACUGGCAGGUCUGCAGGCAUUCACAGAUUACAUAGUGGGAGCAGAUCAGGUGAUACAAGAUUCUGAAGAUUUUUACUCUUUGAUUGAAUCACAUGAGGGGAAGCCUCUGAAACUACUGGUGUACAACACAGAGAGCGAUCACUGCAGAGAGGUGGUUGUGACCCCGAACGGGGCAUGGGGUGGUGAAGGAAGCCUGGGUUGUGGAAUCGGUUACGGCUACUUGCAUCGCAUUCCGACUCGACCAGUCUUGCCUAAUAGUUUUGAGCCAAAACCUCCUUCACCACUGCCUGAAGACACUGUUUUACCCACAGUACCAAGCAGUGGCUACACAGAGGUCCCAUUGGUUGCCCCUUCAGUCCAACUAGAAAAUGAGGAAGGAGCAGUUCAGGGUGAGCUUUUGUCUGGCCUGUCAAUUGAAGAUGCCCCUCUUCCACCUCCAAUUCAGCGUGUGAUGGACCCAGGCUUUAUAGGUGAGUCUGGACUUCCCUUUCCUGAGGUGACUGGUGUGACCCCAAUGUUUGAUGUUUCUUCCUCGUCUCUACCUGCUCUUGACUUAAAUAAUACCUCUCUGUCAGUCUUAAACAGUGAGCAGCUUCAGCCCUCUGUUGAUGAAUCUGAGAAGCCAGCGGUGGAUGAGCCGUCAUCAUUUCCAGUGCUGACAUCAGAGGAGUCAGAAGAAAUAUCUGAAUCAGAGCCUACUUUAGAUUCAACAUUUACACUUCACAGCAGCCCCCCUCAAGACAUGACCCAAGGCUCUGGACAUUCAGAAGCACAUACAGAGGCACUCCCAGGGCCGACUGAAGAGGAUAUGAUAGACACUGAAUUUAAUAAGACCAUUGAAACCCCUGCAGAUGAUAAUGUGCAAUAACCUGAGGUCUGGUCACUGUAUGAAAACGAUGAAACACACUUUCAGUAAUGAUUAAAUAGCUUCAGGGUGUUCUGUAGUACUAUGCUAGUGGUUUUGCUUACUUUUAGUGAGCUCAGAAUGGAUGGGAGGAUUAUCCUGUUUUACUAUUUUUACUAUGAUCGAAGGUGGUGGUUUCUUAUCUUUUUACCGUGUCUCGGUGGUAAGAAGUGCUGAUAUCCUCUUCCUAAAAUAUUACACUGUCUAAGGUGAAGAAAAGGCUGAUUGAAUUGAUCAAGAACAUGAACGUUCCUCCCAUUGUGGGAUCUGCUGCUUUAACUAAAUAUCACUGGAAUGUGGGUAUGUUUGUUAUUGCUUAAGAAAUAUAAAAAAAUACUUGGAAUGGCAAGGCAGUGGAGAAGAUCUGUGAGAAAUUUUCAUGAAUGUCUGAUGAUCUGAGUAUAUGGUUUACGGAAUUCGGAGGUUAGGGUUACUAAUAUUUUUUUUAUGAAUUUGCUUUUUUAAUGUUAAUUUAUAUGCACUAUUAAAAUUUUAUUUGGGAUUGGUUGUAUCAUAAGUAUAGUGAAAGGCAUUUAGUGUUUGAAUUCUGUUUUGUUUUUCGGUAUUUUGUUCUAACUGUUUUAAAAUUCUGAAAGCCAAAGUUCUUAACACUACAAAAGCAAAAAUGUUUACAUUGUUAAUCAACCUCAUUAAAAAUCCUCAAUUUAUUUAAGGAACACUGAAGAAGCAUUAUGUUAAAGUCAAUACCUGCAAGUCAUGCAUGUUGUUUUACAUCAAGGUUUUAUCCCAAAGAGCUUUGGCUAGUAUUUAAAAUAGGUCCGUGUUCUGAGCUGGUAAAGGUUUACGUUUAAAUGGUAAGAUACCAGUAUUGUUUUUUGAAAUUCAAAAACCUUCACAUUGGUAAAAUAUAGAAAAAUUAAAGUGAAAGCAUACGUUUUAGGACAGUGAGGUUAAAAUUUUUGUUAAGAGUAUGUACAUGUGAAUUUUCUGUUUCUGAUUAAAUGAUCAAAUCAAUUUUCAUUUCUGCAUAUUCCUUUCUAUACAUGUUAAAUACUGUUGGUAGAAAUGCUUAGUUUGUGUUUCUCUUAAAUUUCUGUUGAACAUACUUGUGACGUUAGAGUGAUAUAAAAUGGCAUUGGUUUAGUAUCUAGUGGCAUAGCCCUUAAAACAGUAAGCAGGGAUGUCAUCACAUUCCCAAUAUACUCAUUUUAUUAACUUCAGAUUCCUCUUGAAUAUCACAUGAAAUGCACACUCAAGAGGAAUUAAAUUUCAGAUUUAAAAUAUUUCAUUUUUUCUUUUUGAUGAAAUAUAUCUGAUUUUUAUGGAAAGGAGAACUGCACCCCCCAAAGAGUAUAGAACAUCUUUUAACCAUGAGUUGAAAAGAUUGUUCUGUAUGCUUCAUAAUUUAUUUAGAUUCUGCUGCUGCUUGACAUCAUCAAUAAAGAGCCAAGAAUUGGUUCCAUAGCCAUGUGUAAACAAAUGAAUGACGGCAAUAUCUUCAUUCAUGUGCUUCAUACAUAAGGGUAGUGUGGAUUGGAUAAUUUGAAGCUUCUGUCUUUCUUCAGUGUUCCACCUUUCUUUCAAAAAUUCCAUUAAUUUUUGUGUUUCUUUGCAGCCUCUUUUGCAAAUAGUGGAUUUUAAUAUUUUCACACAUGCAGUCACUUUGGUUUUUAUGUCAGGAUUUUCAUUCACGUUUUUCAUCAGUUACUGGUAGCUUGCUUGCAUGACCAAACCAUUAGCACAUUACAACAAUUUUGACAAGAGCAGGCUAUUCAGCCUAGCAAAGCCUACCAGACCUUAUUCACCUAACUUCUCCAGAAUAACAUCUAGUCAGGUUUUGAAGGCCCACAAAGAUCUUCUGUCUGCCACAGUACAUGCUAACAUAUUCCACAUGUCUGCGGUGUUUUGUGUGAAGAAAAAAAAUUUUAGAUUUGUUCAAAAUGUACCCAUUGAUGGUUACUUAACAUGUAAAAAUGACUCCAAAUAUACCUCCCCAAUGAACACAUAUUCAAAAUGGCCCAAUUAAGAAUCAUCUUACAUAUACAGUAGUUGAUUCUUUAGAUAUUUAUUUUACUUCCGAAGCGCUAUUUUGUUCUGAGCUAAAAGCAAAACUUCCUUAACAUUCUCUUCUAAAUCUGGAUAAUAGCAGCACUUUUAUCAGUACAUAAAGAAUGCAAUAUGGAACACCAGGGCUAUUACGUAUUUGUAAUCAUUGUCACUGAAAUUAUGGGCGUCAGGUACAGGAAAAAAAUGAUUGACCUAACAGUGUUUGACAUGUUAAGAGGGUGUAUGCACACAAAUGAAAAAGGACAUGCUAUAGUUUUACUUUAUAUUCAUUUUCUGAUUUCAAAUGAUAAUGAUUUUACUUCAUUGUCCUAAUAUAUAUAGAGAGUAGAUGUCUUAAAGGUCUAAUAUUUUUGGAAGAAGUAUAAUUUUUAAUAGUUUUGUAUUUUUAAUAUUUGUAAUGUUUUACAUUUUCUAAUAUUAGCCUUGAAGAUAAUUAAUUAUGCAGGUGAUAUCUAAUUUAAAGGUUUGUCAUAAUUUAUUUUGUUUCAUCAUUCGACACUGAAAAGGACAUUGUGAAUGCAUAGGAAGAAUCAAGAUUUGUAUGAUUUUUAUUCAAAUUACUAAAGUAGACUUUAAUAUAUGCAUCAAAGGAUUAAUUUUUGUAAUAGUUCAAAUAAUGUAUUUAAAAAACAAAAAAUUGUAAUAAGCUGUCUUCAACCAAAGGCUGCUACUUGAUCAUUUUAAAGUCAUGCCCAAAAAUAUUAAAAUAAAUAAUAAAAUUAACUUUGUUCUUGCUUGUGAUAUAAUCCUUAAAGUGUUAUUUAGCUCUUGAGUUAAGUAACACUGAUUAUGAACGGAUUCAGAACAGGUUAUAAUGCAUUUGUAAAAUUCUAUUGCAAAGUGUACUUAAAAGGACAUAACAUGCAGACAGUAUUUUUUUGCAAAAUACACAAUUGCACAGAUACAUAAAAAUAGAUUGACUACUUAUAAUAAGUCAGUAUAUAAGCAAAAAAUAGUUUUCAGGAUGUUCUUACCUUGCAAGUUAGUUUAUGGAGGCUUACAGUAUUCUAAUGUUAAAUGACUGCAGCCAUUGCUGUACUGUUGUUGUGCAGUGUAAGUGCAGCCCAGUCAGUCGUGGUUUGGAUCUCAGCUCCUUGCAGGCUAUGAGUGCCUUUUCAUUUUCACUGUAAUGUAAUGCACUUUUAAUGUACUUUUAGAAAGUAUUCAAAUACUUGAUUGGAGUUUUUAAUUGGCUUGAAACUGAAUCAGUGUUUUUAAUAAUACCAAAGAUCACAAUCAGGGACUGACAUUAGUGUGUAUGCCACAUUGUGCAGUCUGUUAGUGUACUGAAUGGGCAAAUGUCAAAAUCAUGCAGCACUAGUGUACCCACAAAGAUUUUUUUUUUCUCAAUCCACUUUCUAUCUUUUUUUCACCAAAUUCAUGGACACGGGUAGCUGAAGCCAAUCCCAGCAGCACUGAGCGAAAGCUGGACCAGUACAACAUACACACACUCACAAAUACUGGCCCAAUUUGGAAUCACCAGUUAAGCUAACACAUACAGUAUGUGGACAGGAAAGAAAAAAAAGAACAAAACAUACAAAUACAAAUCACCACAGUUGUACAAAAUUCUUUUAUAUUCAGCCAUGUUUUAUUUUAAGCAUGUUCUGCCAUGGUUUAGCUGGCUGCUCUUUGCAAUACUGAACAUAAGGCACAGCAGCUCAUGUGAAGUCUGUACUUGUGCAGAUUUUGCUGGUCAGCUCAUGCUCGAGUUUUGCUAACUGAAAUGCGCAAGUCACUUGUUUCUUUGACAUGUACAAUGUGAGCUCAGUCGAUUCAGCAGUAAGCAAACACGGCUGUAGCAAGUAAUAGUGCAACUCUGAAGUAUAUGAAUGUUGUUACAACUGUUAUCAUGACAACUAUAAGCAAAAAAAUAAUGUUUUAUUUAAAAAAGGUUGAGUAUGCUUUUGACAUUUACUGUAUCUAUGCAUCUUCUACAGGAGUCUUCCAAAUGCACAUUGCUUUUUAUUUACUACUCUUGAGUUGUAUUAGAAUUCUGUGUUGCUAAUUAUUGGUUUAAGAAGACAGGGGGCUUUCUGAAAUAUUAACUGAAAUGCUUGGAUUAAUAAAACAUCAGCAGUGUGAUGUUUAAGGUGUCACUUCAGUCUUGCCAGCACAUGCUAACUUUAAAAAUGAAGACAACAGUGGUACUCCUACUAGAUACACAGUGUGCAAUGUUUCAUAAUAAAUUGUAUUUGUCAAUCAUUUGCAAUAAGCUGUUUUCAAUAAAAGCAAAUUAUAUUGUUAA